ACACAACCCAACCAACCAUUCCCUUCAAGGAGAAGGGGAUACUCCAUUCAACAACCAACCUUGUUGAAAUCACAGACAAAGGAAUAAUCAUCUACAACGCAGACUUCCCAAUCAUAUCUGCAACCCAUAUCAAUUUCUCUGGUACCAGGAGAGAGAAACCGAGAGAGAAACAAACAGUACCAAACAGGCUCGAGGAGAGAGAGGGAGGGUAAAAACACCAUUAAUAUAUUUCUUCCAAGUUCCAAGCUUUUAGGAAAUUAAAAGCAAAACCCAGAAAUUGGAAUCAGCAAAAAGAUGAGGAUGGAGGUUUUACAAUCUCAGAGGGUGGAGUUGAUGGUGGGCAUAGCCUUUGCUCUCGUUGCAGUUGGUGCCGGCACUGCCUAUUACUUCUAUCUCUCCAACAAGAACAAACCCAAAGGUUGCUUGGACCCUGAAAACUUCAAGAAAUUUAAACUUGUUAAACACACCCAGCUCAGCCAUAAUGUGGCCAAGUUUAGAUUUGAUCUGCCUACACCAACUUCAGUUUUGGGACUUCCGAUUGGACAACAUAUGAGUUGCAGAGGAAAGGAUAGUCAGGGUGACGUUAUCAAGCCUUACACACCAACCACUUUAGAUUCAGAUGUUGGUUACUUUGAACUUGUUAUAAAGAUGUAUCCACAAGGAAGGAUGUCCCACCAUUUUCGAGAGAUGCGUGAAGGUGAUUACCUAGCUAUGAAGGGACCCAAGGGAAGAUUCAAGUAUCAACCGGGCCAAGUUAGAGCUUUUGGGAUGCUUGCUGGUGGCACUGGCAUUACUCCAAUGUUUCAGGUUGCUAGAGCCAUACUUGAAAACCCAAAUGACAAAACCAAUAUUAAUCUUAUCUAUGCUAAUGUCACAUACGAAGACAUCCUUUUGAAGGAAGAAUUGGCUAAUUUGGCAUGUAGUUUUCCUAACCGAUUUAAUGUCUACUGUGUUUUGAAUCAGCCACCUGAAGGAUGGGACGGUGGAGUUGGGUUUGUAUCCAAGGAAAUGAUUCAAGCCCACUGCCCUGCACCUGCGUCAGAUAUUCAGAUACUGAGGUGUGGGCCUCCACCCAUGAACAAGGCGAUGGCUGCUCACCUUGAAGCUCUUGGAUACGCUUCCCAAAUGCAGUUCCAGUUCUGAGCCUUUCACAUAACUUCUGUUUGCCUCUCUGUGUGCAAGAUUUGUCACUUACAUGAACAAUGUAAUCCUAUUGUUUUUAUUUUUGAGAUAUAUAUAUAUAUAUAUAUAGAGAGAGAGAGAGAGAGGCUGUCAAUAAAGUGAAAGGCUGUGUUUCUUUAGCAUAGCUUGAUGUAGUUUGGAGAGGGCUUUUCAACUGUCAUUCAAACUCAAAAUGUGUUAGCUAACUCUUUAGUAGCUCGAUUAUUUAGAAAACAUUCUAUUAUCCCCAUUCGGUUUCUAUACACAGUGCAGCUCUACUGGUGAAACCAUUCA